AUGUCGAAUUUAGGUAGAGCUGACUACGACUACCACGUGCAGCAACAGCACCAGCUGUGGUCGCAGGGAGGUCGCACUAGCGGUGGUGGUGGUGGUGGUGGUCAGGAUGCGCGUGUGGCAGACCGAGGCAAAACGACGACUGCCCUUAGUGGAAAUCGUCUUUCGAUGCAGCCUAAACCUAGAGGCAGUAACCACCAAUCGCGUGCCCGCACUAAGCCCUACCAUGGCACCUCACCUCUUCCCUCCGCUCCGCAUGCGCAUAAUCCACGAAUCAGGGACAGACCUUUCAUGCGGAUUAAUUUGCAUCGGCCCUUUCAUGACUACGAGACACAGUUUUGGUUUGUUUUGCAUCUUGAUGAAAUGUUUGUCUACGUAAAUGUAAUAAGCACGUGUGAUGUUUUUUUUAUCUGGAAGCUGUUUAGUGACUGCUUCAUGAGAGGCAAAUGCCCCAGCAUGAGUGAUGUUCAUAGCAGGACGACGAACUCGGAGCUGCGGGACCUGCGCACAGUGCUGGGCAUUUGGAGAAAGGCGAAGCAACUGCUAGCAACCGGCAGAUGGAUGGAUUAUGUUCCCCCGUGA